GCGCAAGUCGCUGUUCGGGUGUCUGUUUGGGGGGGAGGGGGCGGCGGCCGGGAAGGCCGACUCCGUCCCCUGUGCGCAUGCUCCGGCGUCGGCGGGUUAUAAGGCAGCCCCGCGGCCACGGCUCGACAAAGUGCUGGCGAGCUGCGACGUGAGUAUCCUGGCGCGUGGGUGCCCUAGCGAGCAAACAAGGCAGCCGGAGGAGGACGCGACCGGGACCCUGAGCCCCGCGGAACUCCAGCCGUGCCGCCGCGUCACGCACACGCUCGGCGCCGCGAGCCGCGCAUAACGGGGUGUUUAACCUGGGAUCUGCAGAUUGAUCCUCCAUGCUCACUGUAUAAGAUGAAGGCUUUUAUUUUGCUCAACUCGGGGAACACCUACAGAGAUCAGUGAACCUCAGGUUUGAAAUACCUGCUUAGUAGUCUUCAGAAUACUGGAGGUGAAGUAGAUUCCAGCAAAAAUGCCAGCUUUUAUGCUCAGAUACUCAUUUAUAUUCAAAGUAAUAAAGUGACACAAGCCUGACAACACAUCUAUUUAUAAUUUUAAUCCAGCCAGAAAUUUCUUCAUAUUCUGGAACAAGAUAUUUGGAUUUGAACUGCAUUUUGGAAUUUAUCUACAUUUAAAAUGCCACCAGCAAUUGGAGGUCCAGUUGGAUACACUCCCCCAGAUGGAGGCUGGGGGUGGGCGGUGGUAGUUGGAGCUUUCAUUUCCAUUGGCUUCUCUUAUGCAUUUCCCAAAUCCAUUACUGUGUUCUUCAAAGAAAUUGAAGGUAUAUUCAAUGCCACCACCAGUGAAGUUUCAUGGAUAUCCUCCAUCAUGUUGGCUGUCAUGUAUGGUGGAGGUCCUAUCAGCAGUAUCCUGGUGAAUAAAUAUGGCAGUCGUCCAAUCAUGAUUAUUGGCGGCUGCCUGUCAGGCUGUGGCUUGAUUGCAGCUUCUUUCUGUAACACUGUGCAGGAACUUUACUUGUGUGUUGGGUUCAUAGGAGGUCUUGGGCUUGCCUUCAACUUGAAUCCUGCUCUGACCAUGAUUGGCAAGUAUUUCUACAAGAGGCGACCAUUGGCAAAUGGACUGGCCAUGGCAGGCAGCCCUGUGUUUCUGUCUACCCUGGCCCCUCUCAAUCAGGCUUUCUUUGGUAUCUUUGGCUGGAGAGGAAGCUUCCUAAUUCUUGGGGGCUUCCUGCUAAACUGCUGCGUAGCUGGAGCUUUAAUGCGACCAAUAGGGCCCAAGCCAACCAAAGCAGGGAAGAAAGAUAGGUCUAAAGAAUCCCUUCAGGUAGCUGGAAAAUCUGAUGCAAUAAAAGGGGCCAGUGAUGCAAAUACAGAUCUUAUUGGAGGAAACCCCAAAGAAAAAAAACGAUCAGUCUUCCAAACAGUAAAUAAAUUUCUGGACUUAACUCUGUUCACACACAGAGGCUUUUUGCUAUACCUCUCCGGAAAUGUGCUCAUGUUUUUUGGACUAUUUACUCCUCUGGUCUUUCUUAGUAAUUAUGGCAAGAGUCAGCAUUAUUCUAGUGAGAAGUCUGCCUUCCUUCUUUCCAUUCUGGCUUUUGUUGACAUGGUAGCCAGACCUUCUAUGGGACUUGUAGCCAACACAAAGUGGAUAAGACCUCGAGUGCAGUAUUUUUUUGCUGCUUCUAUUAUUGCAAAUGGAGUGUGUCAUCUGCUAGCACCUUUGUCCUCCAGCUAUGUUGGGUUCUGUGUCUAUGCGGGAGUCUUUGGAUUUGCAUUUGGGUGGCUCAGCUCUGUAUUGUUUGAAACACUGAUGGACCUCGUUGGACCCCAGAGGUUCUCCAGCGCUGUGGGACUGGUGACCAUUGUGGAAUGCUGUCCUGUCCUCCUGGGGCCACCUCUCUUAGGUCGUCUCAACGAUGUAUAUGGAGACUACAAAUACACGUACUGGGCCUGUGGCAUAAUCCUUAUUAUUGCGGGUAUCUAUCUCUUCAUCGGCAUGGGCAUUAAUUAUCGACUUGUGGCAAAAGAACAGAAAGCGGAGAAGCAGCAGAAAAAGGAAAGUAAAGAGGAGGAGACCAGUGUAGAUGUUGCAGAGAUGCCAAAAGAAGUUGCAGAUGCAGCGGAAUCUUCAGAGCAGAAAGGCACAGAGGGAAGCCCCAAAGAGGAGGAGAGUCCAGUCUAAACUCAUGAAGCUGAAGAGUAAAUGGAGCAGGUCAUGACCCAAGAUAUCUGAAAAUAUUCUGCAGGCCUGUAAUCUAUCAGUGGUGCUUGAUGCAAAUUAGUGGACAUUUGUGUGGACACCAUACCAGGUAUUCAUUGAUGGAAUUUUUGUUUCACUCCUUACAAGUGGCCUGAAUUUAAAAUGCCAUACUUUUGGAGAGGGAGUAAGUGGCAAAGAAUGAGGGAAGGAAGUUGUUUUUCUGUUUGUUUUUUUAAUCUUAGCCUUUACAGUGUCAUGAAGAUUAUAACAUGUGCCUUAAGUUUUAGUCUUUAGAACUCUUUAGAUAGCCUUAACUUUUAAAACCAUUCUCCUGAAUUCAUAUAUUUUAGGUGUUGUGUUACAAGGAAAAAUGACUAGUUUUAGACAUCUAAAAUUUUUAAUUAAUUUUGCUUCGUUAUUAUUUGUAAUAUGUCAGACAUUGUCACUAGAAGAUUUAUGAAUAGAAAUAUUGGUUCAAGGUUGGGGGUUUUAUAAAAUCCUGACUAAAUUAUUUUCUUAACAUCAAUAGUUGCCUGGUAUAUGUGCCUGCUAGUUAUAUAUUUAGGAAACUUAAGGCAUAAAACUUUGGAAAUAUCUUGGCUGUUCUAGACACAUUGUACCAUCAACACCCCUCUGGUAUCUUUUUUCUUGGAAUGCUUAGCAGAAACCCAGUGCUUGAGAGUUGAUUUCAUUAUAUUACUAUUUUUUGUUCCCCUUUUCAAUGACACAGUUUGGUUAUAGGUCUUUGCCCCUUUUGAGAUCAUUUAGUGUUAUUUUCACUGUAUAAGUUAAUAUUAAAAUAUACAAAACUAUAUACUUGUGCCUCCUUAGUAAAUACAACAUAUCUAAUUAAAUGUAGGCAUAUAUCAAACAGCAGCUGAAUUCAGCUUAGGUUUUUCCAAAACCUCAGCUAAAGUAUAAGACUUAGAAUUUUUUUUGUUGUUUUUUUCUGGAAUUUUCCCCCAUUGAUCCAUACUGGUUCCAUUAAUAUCUGCUCUAACUUAGAGCUGUAUAUGAGAUAGUCACUCUUUGUUUAGUUUUUUUUUUUUAAUGUUUGCUCAUUAGAGCAAGCCAGAGAGAGUUGGCCCCAAGCAAACCAAUAAUGAUAAGAUUGGGAGGAACCUUGCUAAGUGCGCUUAGUUUCGAUAAAUAACAUCUUUUCUUUUUUCUGAGAAGGACUUAAAAUUAUGUUUUGCUUAGAAUUAUUGGACAUAUUCUUACUCUCCACACAAACUUAAAAAUUUUAUGAUUCUACUUACUUACCUGAAAAGUAAAGAAAUGGGUUUAGUAUAGGAUAAGAGAAUGGACCAGAAUGAAAACUGUAAAUAUUUUUUAACCUAAUAUCUUUUAAAUUGAGGCAGGAAGAUAAUAGACAUUCAAUGAAUUAUAUUCAAUGCAUUAAAAAAUGAAGUUGUAAUUGACACAGUGAAAGUAUAGAUACAAACCUUGUGUAAAAGGCUGACUUUUCCAAAUAAACUUUUUUUUUCUUAAUGUUUCAGCCUCCAAAUGUUUAUUUUCUUGAGGAAAAUCUUUUCUGUCUUCAUUCUCAUUAUCAAGAUACAAUUUGGCCCUUGCUAAUAUUAAAUCAUUCAGCUUAUAUGCUUUGCGAGUUGUGUAUAUGGCUUAUUUUAUUUUGAUUUUUCUUCCUAAGAUAAGCAGGAGGGGAAUUUUGAAACCACCUCUGAAAGCAGAGAAAUUAACUUUUAGAAUGAAACUCCCUUCCUUUCUAUGCCCGAGUGUCACAAUAAAUGGAGGAAUUUUAGGGGAGAAGCCUUCUGUGAUUGUUGGCAGGCUUGGCUUCAUUUUGGACUCUGUUAUUUUCCAUGUACUCAAGUCUUUAACUUGUAUGUGCCUCUGUCUUGCCAAUGGGUUUCAGCCCCAGGCAAUUUCACUAUGGAUUCAAUGAGACCAGGGAAUGACAAUGGAACGUUCUUGGGGUGAAAGUGUUUAUACCAACUUUAUUCUUAUGGUGGCGGGUCAAUCACUAGAAUCCCGUCCACUCAGAGCGAGUCUGCAUGCAGCAAGCUGGUGUCUGCCUCUCGGCCUCUCUGUCCCCGCAGCCAUCUCAGUUUCUAUCCUCGACACUGCCACCACUCCAGUCAGCUCUCCUGCAGCCAUGCAGCUGAGCAGCUAUGCCACCAUGUCACCCAGAGCACUGGGCAGAGCUCUUUAUAUAGAGUCUAUAACAACGUAUUGCCCACAUGUAUGUAGUGAGCUAGCCAACCAGGGCCAGGUAAGAAUCCUGGCCAUAGGAACCUUCACUUUAUCCACAGCUUCUUUCACUGUCAGUGAGGUAAUAUAGGUAAAGGAAAUGUAGGGAGAAGGGGCCAAAAGUAGAGCUGAUACAUGGGAUUAUUUUCCCCUAUGGGGAGACCUUUUCCCUUCUUCCCUUCCAGGUUCUUUGGAUGACCAAAUAAUUAAGCUGAUGUAACAGGAGGAAAAACAGGAUUACCUACAUCUGGGAGCCUCCUCACAUAGACAUGAGAGGGUCAAAGAUGUCAGACAGUUGAGGCUUAUAUGGAGAAAGGGAGUUGGGGUCUGAGGCUUCAAAAGGAGAAUUCAUAGGAAGAUGGAAGGAGCAAUGUUUGCCAUCCCUUGUAGAAAAGUUUUCCUUAUGUAAAAGAAGUUAUCUUUGGCAAUAAUUCUCUUGCUGGUAUAGGCUCCCUAUCUAAAUUCCUUUAGGCAGUUAAGGGGGUGGGGAAAAAAGCUUCUUGCAUCAGUAGAUUGCCUUUAGCUCAAAUAAUUAACAUGCCAAAAUGACGCCUUCUGGGGUGGCCUGUCCUUGUGGGGAAGUUGGGUUCCUAUGGCCAGGAUCCUCACUGAACUGAAACCACUUGAUGAUGUUAACUGGCCUGUUGCUAGGCUACUGCUUCCACACCCAUAGGCAAUAAGCAAUUAUUGCACUAUAUAGAAAGCUAGGCCCAGUACUUGGGCGGAGGCAGGGAUGGUAGUGCGCGACCUACUGCCAGGAGGACAAGCCGGGUAAUAAACCCUUUCACCCCAAGAACCUGCUACUCUCAUUUCUUUGGUCACAUUGAGUCCAUAGUGAAUUUGCCUGAGGCUGAAACACAUUGGCAAGGCAGUCCUGAGCCCCAUCACCUCACCCCAAUUGUUCAGCUCAUCCACAGAGAAGACCCUGUUUAGUCUUGGUUCAAUUGUUCAGUCUUGUUAGAGAAGUUAGGGGUAUGUAGUACAGAUUCCUCACCACUUAGGAGGGGUUCUAAAACUGCUGCAUUCAGAGGCAAGGGUUAACUGGUUCAGAUCUGAAACAGCCUUUAAUCACUCAGUCCAAACCUUUUUCCCACUGAAGAGACAGGUUUAAGGUAUUUAGUCAAGAUGAAUUUUGUUACUAGCCAACACUAAUAUCCAAUUUAGGCCUACCCUGUGCCUUCUAUUCCUUGUUAACAAUCAGCUAAUCCUCUUUGUGUUGCAGUGUUGUGUUCAAUACUGGAAGCAGCUGGUCUUUCUAAUCCAGUCUGUUGUCCCUUAAUCCAUGUGAAGACUAAGUUUUAUUUCAGCUCACAGUUUCAAUGGCUCUUUAGGAAAAAUAGAUGUGUGUCCAUAGUACCUGCCUAUCUUUGCUUUUCUCUGUCCCACACUAUUAAGUCACAGCACAUGUUGAGGUCUCAGGUAGUUUUAGUGCCCAAAGAAGUCACUGUUCAAGGGUACACCCUGAAACAAGUCAAAGCUGGAAAACUAUUUUACAAGCUGAUAGAUCGGACUUUUACAGAUGAUUAUGGUAAUAAACAAGACCAUAUUAUGUUAUACUCAAGUCUAUUGAGAAUUUGAAUUAACUAGCCAGGUAUGGGGAAAAUGGAAGCUCCUUUGGCCAGGAUCCUCACCUGACCCUGAACUGCUUAUGUAAUUGGCCUACUGCUGGGCUACUGCUUCCGCAUCUGUAGGCAAUAAACUUAGUGACUGAGUCACCAUAUAAAGAGCUCCACCCAGUGCUCUUGGUGGAGGCAGAGAUGAGGUGGGUUGUGGAUCUGCAGAUUGCUGAAUGCAGAUGUGAUUCUAGUGCUCAACCUACAUAAGAAUAAAGCUGGGUAUAGACCCUUUUACCCCAAGGACAUUAAGUUGUCAUUUCUUGGUCUCACCUAAUCCAUAGUGAACUUGCCUGAGGCUGAAACCCUGGGCAAGAUACCAAAAUAAAUGAGUAAUUUCUACAAAAAGUAUUCAGGAAUGGAUGAUGGUAAAACAAAUUAUGGAAAAUUCAAGGUAUUUAUCCCUGGCUUAAUCACAUUUAUGAAUGAACCUCUGGAUUCUUGGGUCAUCGGAAUUUAGUAGUUUCCGUUUUCACCGUACAUGAAUAUGUCAAUGUUAAUCCUGUAUCUUAAAAAGGAAAAAAAUGUUAAAAUCUGUUUAAUAUUUUUGUAUGAACCAGUAUUUUAUUGUAUUGAAUGUCAGAUUGAUACAUUUGUUAUUGUUUAUAUGAAAAACCUAAAUGGGUUUUACCUUCCCUGGCAAAAGAUUAAGAGUAUAAUAAACUUAAUAAUUAGA